CUUUUAUGAAUCUCCAAAUAAUAUAUCUAAUGAAGAGCAGGUUAUUGAUAUAUCAGUUGAACAACAGCAACAAUAUCUUGCAAAGAGAAUACACAAAAUACUAGAAAUGGUAGCAAUAUAUGAAAAUGAAUAUCAAUGUUGA